GCGUCCUACUGAACGCUGCCUCCCCCGGACGUAUAUAGACCGAGCCAAUCGCCCCAGUCUGCCCUGUAUGCAACUGCUCGUGCGCCGUCCCUCCGCGCCCUUUUUCGUCUUCUCCAUCUACGCAAGUUUAUAUUCUCUAUCGCAGUUAUAAUGCCUGGGUUUCACUCCUCUAACGAGUCGAGAUCCCACUGUGGCUCCGAGUGUUUGCUCGAGCAACCCACUGGCUCACAUCGAGUUCGCUAUCGCGGCGCGGGCGACCACUCGAUGUGGGACUUCGCGCUGGAGUCGGAGCACCGCCCAAUCGACGUGUCCCUCGUACUCCCGCACUAUCGCGCCCGUAACCAACCGCUCGACCAUCGGCUGUCCAUGUACGUUGGCAGCGAAAUCUCCGAGUGCAUCAAGGUCAAAGUCUGCCGCAGUUUCCUCGCAACAGGUCCCACAAAAUUUCAACUCGAGGUUCACUCCGCAUCCGAUGCGGACGUAACGAUCUGGCUGCCUUCGGAUUUCAGGGGCCGAAUCCACCGCUCCGCGCACUGCAAACGCGUCUCGUUCUCCGCGGGUUUCACCAACCGUAUCAUGCAGAACGUCUGCAUGACCCAGUCACGCCGGCCGUCCCUCGUCGCCGCGCUCGACAGACACAUCCCUCAGUACUCCGACAUCUACAUCGCUGACGAUGCCGGUGUGUAUUCCGAGAAGGAGCGCUGGAACGCUGGCUACAUCAGCGGCGGCACGGAGGAGGACGAGGUCAUCGUGCACACCGCCGGUCACGUCAUGUUCCGCAUGUGGGAUGUGCACCGCGGUGAACCAGAGGCCCGCUGUCGCGAGGCGUGCAAACGUGUCCUCGGUCUCGGCUGGUGCGCUAAGCGCACCCCGGAAGUCGCCAUCGACUGGGACUUCCUCCUGGACGACUGACGCCCAUGUCUCAUACACGACUAUAACAUGGCUUGUUUCGUGUACCGUUCCUCCUAACCAGUUCCUCUCUGACUCUGCUUACGCUCUCGUGCAUAUCUGCUUUCCAUCACCAUCCAUCACCUUGUAUCAGUCACAUCUGCGAUCUCCUUUACACCCUGUAGCCAUUAUGAUUCCCUACCGCAAUGCUCCCCACACUGUAGCAUCAGUCUUACCCGUACAUGCAGCGUGCUGCUCGUUUCAUAGUAGAUUCAGAUACCUCUCAUG